AUGGCCGAUGCCCACGCCUCGGCUUCGGAGGAUGCAAUCCACUAUCUACUUUCCUUUGGCUGGGAUCUUGAGGAGAAGAAUUCCCUUGGACGGACGCCACUCCUUCACGCAGCAACCGAGUGUCAGCCACACUUUGCGAGAUGCCUAAGAAAACUUAUUGAAAGAGGUGCCAGACUAGAUGCCAGGGAUGAGAUCGGCCGAGGGCCUUUGCAUAGUGCUUUGAGCCCACCCGUAGGUCUUUCCGAUUGGGUGGAUCUAAAUUGCAAUUGGCACACCGAGGAAGGCGAUUUCGAUCACAACGAGUGCCUUAAUACGCUCUGGAAUACAGAGGAUCACAAAUUCGGAAGAGAUUACUACGAUAGAGAAAGCACGCUGGACCCCCUUCCAGCCUCCACGUCUCCCGAGACGUCUCGAUCGACGCCAUCUCUCCAUGGUGUCGAGAGCAACCAACUGGUGAGCGAUCACGGGUCUAACGUUUCUGAAGAGCAGCCAAUCCCCAUCGAUUUGUCCUCCUCUGAUCUUGACAGUGACGCCUCAUCAUGUGCCGAGGAGUCCAUCCCAGAAUCUGAUGACGACAACUACGUCUGCUGCGCCGACAGUUGGGGUAACCAUAACUGGAUUCGCAACCCAGCCCAUGUGCUCAAGGACCGCGUCAGGACCAAGCUCAGGAUCCUGUUAGAGGCAGGAUGCGAUCCGAACGACCUCGACGAUGACGGGGAUUCACCAAGCGACUAUGCCAGGGAUGGCUUGUGGUCGCAAUGGCUCUGGGCGCUGAAAACGACAGGGUAUGUCUUUGAUACGGAGAAUGAUCGGUGGAUCAAGCAAGUUGCUCCUGCUUGA